UAUUGUUUUAAUGACCAAUAAUAAAUGUGAUUAUGUAAUAAAUUCUUCUUAAAGAUUUCAUCUUUUUCAUUUGGCAUUAAAAAAAAGUUGAGCUUACAAGUGUGCUAGCUUUUAAUAUUAAAACAUUGUAAUUUUUGGAUAGUUCAAAAACUGCAAUUUGUUCAAAAGUUUAAUCAAUAAGGAACUAAUUUAAUGUUGUGUUUUUGGUUUAUUAUUGUAACUUUAGUAACUGGUGUCACCUAAGUAUUGGUUUUACAGGCUAGAUCCAGGCUUACUUCACAAUUUAUUUAAAAGAAGUAAAUCAAAUUGCUUUCAAGUGCCAUUGAAAGGUUUUUAAAAACAUCGCAUUUUGAGUAUAAAUGGAUGAAGUCCUUCAAAAUCCAGUAUUUCAAAUUAAGUUGUCUGAACUACUUGGCCAGGAUUGGUUUAAGAUUGGUAUUUACUUAAAUAUCGAACAGCGUAGUUUAGAAUCAAUUAAGAGUGAUUCUAUAAAUUUUUCAAAACAAGAAUGCAAAGCAUACGAAAUGUUAAAAAAAUGGUUCAAUUUUGAUGAAAAACCGACAUUUGAAAAGUUAAAACUUGCCAUUUUAAAUAUUCCAAAAAUGGAUUUAUUGAAGGAGGUGGAGGAUCUUGCAAGUAGGUUUUUCACUAUGUCUUCAUAUUUAUCAGAAGGUGCUUCGAAAACAGAUUCUUCAAAUCCACUAGAUGUUGCUAGCAGAGCUAAUGUCAAUAAAGGUAAUAAGAGUAGUUCGAACUUUAAUUAAUCUUAAAUAAAAAGUUUUUUAGAAAUUUAACUUUACACUACUUUUUAAUUUUUACAGAUUUAAUAAUAUAAUAAUAAUUAUAUAAUAAUAAUAAAUAAAUC